CCCUGAAGCAGUCACGUGGUUGUGUGCCGAAAUGAAGCUUCGGACGUCAUUGGUCACGUGAUCUUUGUAGAACGAAUCAAGCAUCGGCUCAGUGAUUCGAACCAAUGCGUGUCGUUUUUUCAACACACGCCUCGAAGCUUCAGGUUCAAGGGUAGCACCACUACUAACUUCCAUAGCUGGGCAGCUAAGCUUGGCCUACUUAGCUUGUUCGCUAGCUAAUGUAGCUACAUGUCUAGAAUGAAGAUGUGCUGUCGGCUGCUUCUGCUUUCAUAAUGCUGUCAUAUCUACAGCUAUGUACACAUUGAGUCCGAAUUGUAAGAGCCAGCUUCUUCUUCCCAUUUCAAGGGUCUGCAUGGCUCAGACAAAGCAAGGAGAAAGAACAGCGAUAACUGAACCUCAAAAGCUCUCUCUAAAGGCCCUCUUUGACAAGGGCAUGACCAGAGUUGGAUCACCACUUAUCAGCACUGCAGUGGCAGAGACUGGACUUCCGCAACAUGUUAUUGAGAACUGGAUUGGAAAUUACAGAAGAGUUCUACAUCCAGCAAGAAACACAUUAACAAAACCAAAAUUACACACCCGGGAGCUGUCUGCAUACAACUUGUUCUGUCGAGAUCUCCUCAGAAACAAGGGUAACCUCCCCGCUUGUUCAAAAGCCAUAUCUAUGGAUGCUAUUCCAGUUAUGGUUCAUAAGGUUCAAGACCUGUUUAACCAAAAGUACAAAGAAGCUGGAGGUGCCGGCAGACUCCCCUACCAGUCCUUAGCUGCAGGAAAGGUUGCCGUUGACGCUACAGGCCUGCCUAAUGACUUGCCGCUAAAAAAAAACAUGUCUUUUGGACAUGGACGGCAGCAGUUGGCUGCAAUUUUGGAACAUGGAACUGGCCUUUCGUUUAAAAUAAGGUCUGACCAGUCUGCCACAGUGUGCUCCCUAGAAGAGUCAGCUGUGACAUUACAGUCCAUUUGUUCAGAUGGACUGACACCUGAAGCUGCAUGCAACUCGGAAGAUUCUGGGCCAGGGACCAGUGCUGGGGAAAGCCAUGCAGAAAAGACAGCAGUGGAAAUAUUAGAGGCCAUGUGUGUAGAUGAUUCACAGCUGGCUGCAGCAGAUUGUCACACAGAGGAAACAGCAGUGGAAAUAGUAGAGGCCAUGUGUGUUGAUGAUGCCAGUAGUCUUUGCUGUAUCUGCAGAAAAGCAGAAAAAUGCCACCAAAAAGUGGCGCUCCUGGUCACAGUGCACAGUGUGUCAUCAGUGGUCAGUCACACACUGCAUGUAAUUUUAAAAGAAACGUGCUAUCUCUGCCAGUGCAAAUAAUUAAGUUGGUUUGUCAACUUGCUGUUCUUAAUCUUCUUAAUAUUAUUCUAUGCUCAAACACUACAUCCACACACACACACCCCACUCACACACACACACACACCCCACUCACUCCAUACCACACACUACACUCCACAUAUUACACACACUGACACAACACCCCCCACACACACACACACACACUCCACACCACACAUACACACACCAUCCAUACACUCCACAAACACUACACACACCCCGCACAUCACAUACACUCCACACCACACACAAGCCAACUUAAAUUUGUUCACAAACUGUCAAACUAAAAUGUAAUUUUUUUUUGUACAUCUAGGCGUGCAGACUGACCGUAAACUGUCAGUGAGAUUGUAACAGACAAUAAUUUGUGUGUAUAUGCUAAUAAAUGAAACAUUAUGCGACACAAGUG